AUGCAGACCGUGAGCCUCCCUCGUGCCCCUGGCACGCCGGUCACUGACCGUGGGUCCACCUGGGACAGCGUGGCUGGGCCCGCUGCCCAGGGGACCGGCGCUCAGCUCCCAGGAGCCUCGGAACGCGGAAUGCUCCCCACCACCCCGCCAGAGUGGGGCCGAGGCGUGGGAGCCGCCAUGUUGGACGCAGGGAGGAUGGACACGGGCCUGGCCUCUCUGUUCUGUUUUGGUUUUUUAUUUCUUGCCCGAUUCCGGCGUGGCCUUUUUCCUUCGGCAAAGGGUGGAGGGAGAGGCUGUGGGGGAAGGGGCGGUUGGCAUACGUGGUGCAAUACUGCCAUCAAGCGGAACUCCUCGGCGGACCCGCGAGCCCCGCGCUGCUGCGCCUUCCCCGAGUCGGGAGGCCCAGGAGUGACGUGGGAGUCCCAGGCGGGACGGGCGACGGGCGACGGGCGACGGGCGACGGGCCCUCCGCCCGCCUGUCCCCGCAACGGGCCCGAGGUGCAGGGAUCCCCGCCGCCCACCCGCCCUGGGCAACCUGGGAGUUUCCGGAGAUGGGCAGCGCGACAGAGAGCCAGCCCCGGGGGCCCUGCGGGUCCGGCACGGGAAGCCAGUGCUGGGCUCCCUGGUGGCCGCCAUGUCUGGGCGGAACCCAGAGGGCUGGAAGCCAGCCCGGAGCGGGAAGGAGCACCCAGCCGGCCCUGGGCGCCAGGCCUUUGGAGCGAAGGGGCUGGGGCGAUCCGGGGACGCGGGGGACCCAUCCCCAAGGAGCUGCAGCAGGAUGGGUCGGGACACCCGGUGUCAAGGCACCUGGAGGACAGGGCUGGUCCCGAGAGGGGAGGCGACGGGGGAGAUGGUCGUGGCGCCGACCCAGCGGAGCAGAGACCGGGAGAAACAGGCCCCCACGCGGGUACGAGCCAAAGUGGAAGCAGCAGCAGCAGCAGCAGCCUCGUUCCCCACGUACAGCCAGCUCCGCCCCCCACCCCACCCCCGGGCCCCAAGUGCCAAAUAACGGAUCUGGGCCCAAGAAGCCGCUGCCUGACACACACGGGCAGCUGCAGUGCCAUCUCCCGGGCUUCCCCGCCUAUGACAUCCCGCGGAGGCCUGGCCCCAGGGGCUUCCCCCAACCAAAUCCAGGCAGAGUCGCUGGCCCAGGCCCCGCUCUGGGCCUCCCAGUCGGAGUUUGCACACUGCCCGUUCUGGGCCCCCUUCGCCAACAGCCCACCGGAGCGGGCAGGGCAACGACAAAGAGAACGGGGCCGGCUGGCUCCUGCCUCCGCGCCCCCAUGCCACGCUUGCUCCGGGGUUGGUCAUCAAAGGACCGGUGGUGUGGAGGCGCCUCCCCAAAGGGCCAGGCACCUUGGGAUCGCAGGGCCCCUUCUGUCCCGCCUGGGAUGCCCACGUCCCUCCGAGCCCGGCCACCGCGGGGCGGGGGUGGGGCGGGUUGGGGGGCCCGGGAUGGCAGAAGAGUUCCGCUUGAUGGCAGUAUUGCACCACGAAUGCCAAGUGGCCCUUCCCCCAGGGCCUCUCCCUCCGCCCUUCGCCGAAGAAAAAAGGCCAAGCCCUGUCCACCCUGGCGGCAACAUGGCGGCUCCCAGGUCUCCGCCGCCGCUCUCCCUGGGGGAGACCUCCCGCCUCUCGGAUUGGGUGGAGCGGGGAGCCUCGUCUCCCCUGGCUCCUCGUAGCCUGCCCACAAGCAAGCGCGAGGCUCUCGGGGCCCUACGUGGGUCGCCGAGGCUCCCGGGCCCGGCCACAAACCCAGCCGGGCCGCCAUCUUGGCCCGCGCCGCUCGGCGGGACAGCCGGGGACACACGCGCUUCUGGUCCUGGGCCCGGAGCCCCGGCUACGCCCCGACGGCCGGUGCCCUGUCCUCCGUCGGGGCCCCUUCCCCCACUCCCGACCAAGGUCGGCGGCGGCCCGCGGGCACCGGCCGUGGGGUCAACAGUGAGGUCCACCUCCCGCGGCCAGAGGACGGAGGGGUCCCGGGGCCCGGGGACCCUCGCCACCCGCCUCUCCCUGCCGGUCCAGGCUCCAGCUCUGGACAGCUCCAGCCGGAGGGGAAGGCCAGGGAGGGGCAACCCCCAGGGGCGCCCCUGCGCCUCCGGGCCCGGGGCCGACCCGGUGCCAGCCGACCGGGACACCAGGCCAACGCACGACGCUGCUGCUCCUCUGUCCCGUCCAUCGACCCGCAUCCCGGGGUGGACACCUCCCGGGCACAUCCACUGCACCCUGAUGACCGGCCCCUCGGACCUGGGGCACAAGAGAAGGGAUGGACGGGCGGAGAGGCCCACACGCACACCCACGCUACUAAGCCCUCGAAAACACACCGGUGCUAACACAGACCCACGCUCGCGCCAAUUCACUCCAACACACACAUGCACGCACCCGCUCACAGAGGCCGCCGACCCCGCAAAACGUGGUAGACCAGAGCCGGAUGUCACCCUUUCCAAAAACCUCAGCUUGUGGCCCACGCGCCCCACAGCACGCGCCGGUGGCAAGCGGCCCCGCAAAGAGACACGUCCUCCCAAGGUCGCCCGGGCAUGGGCCACGUCGGUUGUGGCCCCGUGGCACCGCUCCGGGCACGCCCGCACGCCUGCCUGUCGGCCUGCCCAUCUCCCGGGCCCCGGUGAACGGAGCAAGCGCGGCCGGCGCCCAUCUCAGGGUAGCCCGCGCCCCCGCGCUCGCUAUUCCCCUGACAAGCGCCUGGCCCGGCCCGCCCUCGGGUCCCAGGGGUCACCCCGGACACUCUCACCUGUCCGGCCUUCCCAGCGGGCUGACCGACAGUUGCCCAGCGGCACCCCCCGCUCCGCCGCGCCCCGGCUUGAAGGCCUGAGCACCCUCGGAGCCGCAGGCCAGAGCCACGGGAAGACCCCCAACGGGGAUGCGCCGCCCCGCGAAGGAAGGGCCUGGCUCCGAGAGCAGUCCACAGCCCCCACGGUCGGACGGUCCGGGUGGCGCCAAGGGACGGUAACGUGGCGCGGGGUCGGGGGACAGCUGCGUUGGGUCGGCGGUCGGCCCGCCAAGCACAGUCCGGGCACGGGCCCCAAGGGCCCCCGCGGCACCCUUGUCGGCACCCGCCGCAAGAGGCUACACGUGCCCUGCCCGGGGACUGCCCCGGCCCUCAAGGACCUCCUCCCGCGGUGUCACCGCUGCGACACCCACCCUCCCCACUUGCAGUCAAGACGAGGCCAGCGAGGCCCGGCUCCCCGGCCUCGGGCCCAGGGUCACCCACUCGGUCUGCUCUGGUUAGGCCCCCAGGGGACGGCAAGCCAAGCGGGGUGGCCGACGGUUCCGGGGACCCAACGCCGCGCGGGGGCCCAAACUGCGCGGAUGCCGCCGGGCUCGCGGGCAAGGGCUGGGGGAUAA